AUGUCACCAGAUGAAUGGUUACGAAAACUGGAUAAAGAAAAUGGUUGUAUUGAAGAUGACGAUGAGUCCAAUUUGCAGUUGCAAAGAGGUGGGCGAACUCGGAGCAGUCAAAAGAAGAAGAAAAAAGGCAGUUCUGGAACAACAGAAUUGACAAUCCUACAAAAUGGUGGUAGUGGUGAUUUGAUACCAUCAACUAUUUCAACGCACAGCAUGCGACACUCUGAUUUUCCGGAUGUUAUUAGGAGACAUCAGAAGAAGACAUGCUGUUGUACUAUAACUUAG